CUCAGAGCGGGUUUUAAUCCAAAGGCCAGAGCGAUGGUUCCAUUUCGGUCCAGUUCCGUUCCGAUAUCUCUGGCAGUACAAGGCCAUCCACUGGCUCAAACAGACAGAAAGAGGACGAGGUGCUAGGCUAAUUUGGUGGAAAACAUCAGGAAUUGCUCCCUCUUUUAAAUUUGAGCGAGCGUGGAGCGAUUUCACUGGAGCUGAAUGAAAUUGUAGUUCUGACAGCAGCUCGGUGUUCGGCAGCAGCAGCUCGGUGUUAGGCUCUCUGGCUCUUUAUUCCAGCCUGUCUCGCGCCGUCUCUCUCUGUGGACCGCCUGCAGCCGCCCGGACCGUCCCUGUAUUCAUCCAUGCAUGUUCUGUGACGGGGUUCGGGCUUGGGACGGUUCGGUCGUCGCUUCAGAUGAGAAGACGUAAACGAUGGAGCUUCAUAUUUUAGAGCACAGCCUGAAAGUGGCGAGUAUAGAGAAGGACGGGAUCCAGAUCUGCACGCACGGAUUAAUCAAACUCGCUUUCCUGGCCUCCAAGACCCGGUGUAAGUUCUUCAGCCUGACAGAGACUCCGGAGGACUACACCAUCAUCGUAGACGAGGAGGGCUUUAAAGAGCUGCCUCAGUCGGAGCACAUCAGUGUCGCUGACGCCACGUGGUUGGCUCUGAACGUGGUGUCAGGGGGCGGGAACGCCUCCAGCUCUCAGCCAAUCGGAGUCACCAAGAUCGCCAAAUCUGUCAUCGCCCCGCUGGCCGACCACAACAUCUCUGUAUUCAUGCUGUCCACGUAUCAGACCGACUUCAUCCUGGUCCGAGAGCGCGACCUGCCGAUGGUCAUGCACACGCUGUCUUCUGAGUUCACGUUGCUUCGGGUCGUCAACGGAGAGACUGUCGCUGCUCACGAUCUGGGCGUCAGCAAUGGAUUCGUUAAGCCAAAACUGGUGCCCCGGCCCAUCAUCCACCCGCUGUCCAGCCCCAGUAACAUGUUCUGUGUGACCAGCCUGGACCCGGACACGCUGCCCUCUGUGGCCACGUUGCUCAUGGACGUCAUGUUCUACUCUGGAGGGUCCAAGGAUUCUGCAGCGUCCAGCGACGACUCGACUCACAUCCGCUUCUUCUCCUUCUCCCUGAUCGAAGGCUACAUCUCUCUGGUGAUGGACGAGCAGACCACUCAGAGGUUUCCAAACAACGUCCUUUUCACCAGCGCUUCAGGUGAACUUUGGAAAAUGGUUCGUAUCGGAGGACAACCUUUAGGAUUUGACGAGUGCGGCAUCGUGGCCCAGAUAUCAGAACCUCUGGCAACUGCUGACAUUCCAGCUUAUUACAUUAGUACCUUCAAGUUUGACCACGCGCUGGUUCCUGAAGAAAACAUCCAGAGUGUGAUCGGAGCUCUGCGGACGAAGAGCACGACGACACAGUGAAGGAAUCUGGAGGAAAAUAGCCGUUUUCAUUCGCUUAAGCAUUAUCAUGUCCAAAAAGUGCCAAGAGUUGAUUGGUGGACUCCUGUGACGGCUCAGAGGAGGGAGAGGAGGGAGGUGUCGGGGGAGUGACGGUGUGUUAUGGAUGCCUUUGUUACCGGGUCAUUUCCCCCCGUCGGCCCUCCAUCCUCCUGAGCUCUGACGCUCUGGUCAUCUUUACUUGUUUAGUUUGUUUCCUCCCGACGCUGAGAGCACCAUACUGUAUUAGUUCCAUCUGAUGAGGACGACGAAUGUAAUAUUAUAUCUGUAUAUCUAAAUAUCUAUGUAUCAGCUCUCCAUCUUUACUUUGUUCCACAGCUCCUCUCUCAGUGCCAACAUGUCUGAAUGAUUAACUGAUGCCUUUGCCUGAACCUGGUCACGUGUGCAAUCGAAGGAGACAAUUAUAGAGACGGCCAGCUGAGCCUGAGCUUCAGUAUCAUCAUGUGUUUUAUGGUUUUUGUGGCUGUUCACCAGGUUUUAGCAUUUCAUUCAGUCUUCACACUGUGAGCGUGUUAACGAUCUAAAGUCUGAUGUUUUAAAUUGCUCAGAGUGGGAUCAGGUUAUUGAUCCAGAGACAGUUUCACACCAAGUUGUCUUUAAAGAGAUUAUUUUAGGUUUUUCACUUGUCAGACUGAAGUCCUCAAGCUCUCAGCAUGUUAGCAUGCUAACGCUAGGAUGUUAAACAGGAUGACUACAACUUGCUACAUAUUAGCAUGUUAGCAUUGCUGCUGUGAUGCCGGACAGUUUUAAAUUAAUAACAACAGCUGAGGAUCAGACACAAUCUUUGGGUUUUGUUAUUCUUUAAAUGAGAACUGAGGCCUCACAGCAGUCAGUCUCCUUUAGUGAACCGAUUCAUCUAAAAGAUCAAUAAGUGAGGAAAGGUUCCAUCACUAGAACUAACUGAGAAAAUACAAAGAAAACAACCAUCACAAUAUUCAUAUGUUCAUGCCUAAAGUAAUGAUGACAUAGGUUUAGAUGAUCAGAUUAUCAGAUUAUCCAAUAGAUUUUUAAAUAAUCAGACUUUAUUUUCCAUCAGAACUUUUUUAACUACUUGGGCUCUCGGGCAGGAUCCUCCCUAAACUGUCUGAUUGAUUACACCUGGUCAUCAAUAACAGCCGAUCAACACUAAACACUGUGAAGCUGCAAAGUAACUAGUAACACAUUUUUUUACUUAAAAGUAGUGGAGCGAAUAAACAAAUAAAUUAUGAAAGUGAUUAAAGUCAUCAUUAGUUUAAUCAAACGUAUAGAUCCAUUUCUGAUUUCACUUUCAUUGAUACACAUGGAGCUGAAGCCUGGAGGUUAUUAGCUUAACUUAACUGGAAGCAGAGGGAAACAGUUAGCGUGCUCUGUCCACAGUUUAAACCAGUGGUGUCAAAGUGAUCCAGUAAAGGCAACAUGGCCCUUUACUGGAUCAGUUUGACGCCACUGGUUUAAAACAACAACUCGGAACUUAAGAAAUAUUAUUUAUUGUAAUCUGAAACACACUCCGAUGACUUACUGAUCCUGUUGCUCACAGUGUGAAGCUGCUGUCAGACCUGAUGAUGAUGAUGAUGAUGAUGUUUGCAUCAACACUAGUAAUAAAUGACUGAGCCACUUUGACAAUGUGCUAGAAUAAUGACAAAUGCUAACAUAAGCUAAUGCCCCCCCCCCCUCCUGUCCCAGUGUGCACUUUAAUGCAGGUCGCCCCACAGACCCGCUGUACUGAUGUGAAUAUACAGGAGGGCUUUUACUUUACAUCCUGUCCACACGAGGACGAUUCUGUUGGUCUUAACCAUGUUUUUCUUUCUUCAUUUCCUCCGGAUCAGCUGUGAUUGGUUUCUGAUCAGCUGCGACUGGUUUUAUCAGUGUUAAACACGAGGACGGUGACGUUUCUUCUGAUUCACAGAAAACAGUGAAAGCUUUUGUCAUUUGAAGCUUCUUGUGUGGAGAAAAUAAAAAGGCUUGUUUUUGGA